AUGAAGUCAUGUGUGCUUAGCAAUUACGUAGAGGGAUUAGAAAUAAUAGUGUGCGGUUAUCGGAACCGGCUCUUGUUCCCGUUUAGAGCAACCCAGGUGCAGGCGUACUUUAAAGUAUUUUCUUUCUUUUUUUUCCUGCUACUUACGCUAGGAGCUGCCGCAGCUGCAAAGCCGACGUCGGAGAGGCAGGUGAUCUUCGGCUCGGCCGACAAAUCCCCUGGAUAUCAUUGGCCUGUCGAGGUAUCGGCCGCGUGGAACUACCGGGAAUUACUAUGCAAAACAAUUGGAAAUCUGGUAGGAAAACCUUGUUCUAGAACUUGGCGAUUGCUGACAAAGAAGAAAAGGGCCUAUUGUUGCUGCCUCUUUUGUUGUUCUUCCUCGUAUUGUCUUGCCGGUGUUCUUUGUGUCUUUUGUGUGUAG